CCUAGCAGCUGACCUGCAGGGCCGAGCGAGUCGACAUCGCGCGUGCCGGCAAGGGCCGCAUGGCACGCACGUUCGACGCCGAGAUAGUAUAAGAUAAUGGCCUACAGCGCGUCUCUAGGCAGUUACGCGCCGGCGAUGGCGAACACCCUCUGGCAGUGGGCGGCGCACCUCCCGCUGCUCUGUUCUCUGGUCGGGCUCGCAUCUGGCGACACUGGGAAGCUUGCGUCUGCGCACGGAGUCUAUAAUUCGUCCGUCACACCGGACACUCUACCGUGGAAUACCUACAACUACUGCAACGCGCCCCAUGUGAAUGCGAAGCACUACAGCAGGCCGCCCAACGCCCCGCACGCCAGGUUGGUGUACCUGAACACCGUCAUCCGCCACCACAAGAGGACACCGGACAACUUAUAUCCGAGCGAGAAUGAGCUGAACUCCGCCCCCUGGGAGUGCGCCGACUUCUUGGAGUUCAGUUACGGCGGCGGAGGGGCGCACGUCUUCCACGAGACCGUCAGUCCGCCUUGGCACCCCUUCCUCUCGCAAAUAUGGAAUGGCACCUGCGACGAAGGCCAGCUGACCAAAGGUGGACUCGAGGAUGCUAUUCGUCAUGGGCAGGACUUCUGGUCGGUGUACCACCACGAGCUGGGGUUCCUUACGUCUGUGAACGAACAAGACAUCUUCAUCCGCACCUCGACGGAGACCAGAACGUUCCAGGUGGCGGGCGGCGUGCUCGUCGGGAUGGAUCCGAGCAUGGCGACGAAGACGUUCCCGGUGACUACACAGCCAUCGCCUAUCGAUUCCAUUCCACCGAACUACCCCUGCCCUAAAGCAGACGCCAUCCGCGCCGCGUUCCAGGCCGUCCCUGCAUGGACGGACCACCUCGCGGCGAACACCGCGCUCAAGACGCGCCUCGACGCGACCCUCGGGACGGCCGGCCUCGACGCCUGGGCAUCGUGGUACGAUCACUUCUUCGACACGUUCAGCUCGCGAACGUGCAACGGGCACCCCCUCCCAUGCAACUCCACGGGUGCGUGCGUCUCGGACGCGGACGCCGCCAAGGUUUUUGCCAUCGGGGACUUCGAGUACAACUAUAUCUGGAAUGCGGCCGAGAACGCGACGGCGUAUUCGCAGCUCGACUUCGGGGUGUUCAUGCUCGAGCUUGCGCAGAACUUCAAGCUCUUCCGGUCUGGAGGCGAUCCGCAUAAGUUGAGGUUCUACGUAGGGCAUGACGGGACGAUGAUACGCCUCGCUGCACUCUUGGGCAUUGGCAAGCUCGGCCCGCUCCGUUGGCCUGCGCUUGGAUCCGAGAUAGUCAUGGAGGUUUGGGAGGAUGAUAAGAAGGCACAAUUUGUGCGCCUCCUGCACGAAGGAACACCCGCGGAUGCACUAGCCUGGACUCCCCUCGACGCUUUCAUCGAAGCCCUAGAGCACCAGGUGCCGAGCGACCUUCUCGUAGAGUGUAUGAGCGGUUGAUGUCGGCCUUCGGCUGAUAUUCCUUUGCCAUACGAGCCGCAUGCAUCCCGAUACUGACUCAUGAGAGGGGUGACGGUGUUCAAUCUCAACCUACCAUCGUGUGUGAGCACCGGUAUCGACCGCGUCAGCAUGCGUCCGGUGAUGAUCUGGGGCGCCUACUAGCCUACCCAUAUAUCUGGCGAUCCGUACACGGUUCGGCCAGCAGGUCGCACGACACGUUCGGAAGGGAGCCACCGUUUAUGUACCAAAGCUUAUGCAUGGCAGACUCGCCGCAGCUAUAACGUCUGACGUGCUGUACGGUGACUAGUAUAGAUUAGUGGUGCAGCGCGGCGCAUGUGUUCGCUCUUGUUCAUCCAUGGAUCCAAAGGCGUACUUUCAAUUCUCC